AUGAAUGAAUUUUUCUUAUUUCUAAUCCCAGUUUUCACUCAUUGUUACAUCAUUAAUUCACCUUUUAACCGUUUAUACAAAUACAAAGUUUUAAAGAGUUUGUUCAACGAUGGGAAAGGUUUGGUGAAUGAUCUUAAAAGGUUUGAAUUGAUGGAGUUGCCAUAUAAAUUAGAUGAAUUGAGUCCCGACUUAUCGGAGGAAGCAGUCAGAUUUCAUUAUCUGAAACAUCAUCAAGGAUACGUAAAUAAUUUAAACAAAUUAGGAGAAACAAAUCCACACAUAUUCAACCAAACAUUAGAGGAAUUGAUAAGGUCAGCGGAAGGAAAAGUAUAUGAAAAUGCCUGUCAAAUAUGGAAUCAUAACCAAUAUUGGCUGGGACUUGAUCCACACAGUGCUGGAAAACCUACGAAAUUUGUUGAAGAUGUCAUUAACCUAACAUUUCAAACAUAUGACAACUUCAAGCAACAAUUUGUAGAAGCAGCUGCCAAUCAUUUUGGAAGCGGAUGGGUGUGGCUUCUUUAUUUCAAAAAUGAACCCAAUUUAAGAAUUGUGGAUACACAUGAUGGCGACAAUCCAAUUAAACUAUAUAAUAAUGGCAAACCUCUGUUAACACUAGAUAUAUGGGAACAUGCGUACUAUAUCGAUUAUAGAAAUGAUAGAAGAGGAUAUACAAAUUCAUGGUUCAAUAAAGUUAACUGGAAUCGAGUAGAAAAAUCACUUAAAGAACAGAUGAACAUCUGA